CUCUUUCUCUUUUUUUCCCUCUUUGGAAUUUUCAAAACAAAGUCCAAAACUUUAAAAAGGGCUCUAAUUUGCAUGGCAAUCAUUUAUUAGUAUCUUCAAAUUACACACUUAAAAAACUUUUGUUUCUUUUCUUGGAUCUUCUUCUUCCUCUUCUUCUCUUUUUUGACUGAUAAAGUGGUUGUUUUUUUUCAUUCCCAAGAAAAUAUUCAAAGUACAAAAGGGUAAAUAUCUCCAUUUCUCCAACUUUAGAUCUGUAAAAAUAUUGUCCCCUCUUUUCUCUCCUAACAAAGCCCUUUUCUUGGUUUUUAGUACUAUGAUUCUUGACCCCAUUCAUUAAUUUCUUCAAAACUUGAAAAAAAAGAAGAAAAAUAUGAUUAGGCAAAAUUGGAAUGUUCAAGAAUGCAAAAAUAAGGUGAGGAAAAGGGGAGGAUCAUCAUCAUCUUCAUCUUCAUUAGUACAAAGUUAUAGGCUAAAAAGGGCAGUUUUGGUAGGAAAAAGAGGAGGGUCAAAUAGUACAACACCAGUACCAUUGUGGAAAAUGAAUUCAAGGUCACCAUCAUUGCAGAAUGAUAGUGGAAAUAGUAGUAAGUUAUUCAAGAAUCUGCAGCAGCAGCAAACAGCAAAAGGAACUGGUUCUGAAAAAGGGAAUUGGAAUAAAGAUUUGUCAGUUUCAGCAAGAAAACUUGGUGCUACUUUGUGGGAAAUCAAUGGGGUUGUUCUUCCUAUACCUAAAAAGGAGGAGAAUUUUUUGAAGUCAUCAUCAAAAUUUGGUUCUGUUGCUUUGCAAGCAUCCGAUCCUUCUCAAAUUAGACCUGUUACUGAGAGAAUGGAGAGAUCUAAAUUGGACAGUGAUAGAAGAAGAACUUCAAUUGGUUCUCAGAGAAUUCUGCAACCUGAUUUCUCUCUCCAAAAUGGUUGCUUGAUUGAGGUUGAUCAGCCACAAAAUCGUGGACCGAGUGGUAAUAGGCAUCGGUUGAAGGAUGUCAAGAAUGGCCUCUCCGCGUCUAAGGAGCUGCUGAAGGUUUUGAAUCGCGUGUGGGGUGUUGAAGAGCAUCAAUCGACGUGUCUAUCCCUUUUCUCAGCUAUGAAAGCUGAGCUUGAUCGUUCGUGUGUCCAAGUGACUAAGUUGAUUCACGAACAAAGGUAUAAUAACUACCACGGUGAAGUUGAUGUCCUGUUGAAGCAGUUUGAGGAAGAAAAGGCGUCAUGGAAGUUGAAAGAGCAAGACAAGAUUUACGCGGCCAUUACAUCUAUAGCCAAGGAGCUCAAAGUAGAGAAGAAGUUGAGGAAGCAAACCGAGAGGCUAAACAAGAAGCUCGGUAAGGAAUUGGCUGACAUGAAAACUUCUCUGUCAAAGGCAACGAAAGAGCUUGAAGGGGAGAAGAGGGCAAGGGAGAUAUUGGAGCAAGUGUGUGAUGAAUUAGCUAGAGGUAUCGGAGAAGACAGAGCUGAGGUAGAGGAAUUGAAGAGACAAUCAGUUAAAGUUCGUGAAGAGGUGGAGAAGGAAAGAGAAAUGCUUCAACUAGCUGAUGUUUUACGCGAGGAGAGAGUUCAAAUGAAGCUAUCGGAAGCCAAGUAUCAAUUCGAGGAGAAAAAUGCAGUUGUGGACAAGCUAAGGAACGAGCUCGAGGCCUAUUUGAGAUCCAAAAAGGGACAAGAACAUGGUGGUGAGUCUCCAAAUUAUGAAAGGAUCAAGGAACUCGAGAGGCAUUUGAGAGAAACUCUUCCAAGCACGUGUUAUUACCAAGAUAAAGAGAAGGAAAAUGGAGAAGUACUUGAUAAAGAAGACGAUGAUGAUGAUGAUGAUGAUUCAGCUGAUGAUGAUGAGGAGGAGGAUGAUCUUCAUUCAAUCGAACUAAACAUGGAUGAUAACACCAAAAGCUAUCAAUGGUGCAGUGCUCUUCAGGAUGAUCCAAAGAGAUCUUCCGUUUCUGACAAAAGCAAAGGGAGGAGGUCCAUCUCGGAGAAAUUCCCGAGACAGAGUAUUUCUAUAGAGAGGGAAACAUCAGAUGGCAUAGAAUGGGAAUUCUCCGUGGGGGAAGGGAAGGAGAACGUGUCCACAUUAGACACGUUCGAUAAAGGGAGAUCAAACUUUCUUGAAAAUGGAUCACCCUUCGAGUUCUCUUCUCAAGUUUGGAAAAAAGAUUGUGAAGAUGAGAUAGAGAGGUACAAAAUGAUCAAGGAUCUCCGAGACCAUAUCGUGUCUGCUUCACGAAAUACGCCAUCUCAACAAAGCUUUUCAAGUCCUACUAAGAAUUGGAGCCAACAGAACUUGCCUUCUAGUGAUGCAGAAAGAGUGAUCAAUGAGGCAUUUGCUGUCUUGCAAGGAGCAAAUUGAAGAAAUAAUUUCUGCUGUUUGAUAGAUUGUUUUACAUAAUUAAAUGGAAAUAUUUUUUUUCUUUUUUCUGAAAGCAAUAUAGUUAAACAUCUAAGGUUAAUACAAUUUUGUGGUUAGCCCCUUUGUAUGACAUAAAAAUGUACAAAUUUUGCUACUCUUCUUUUGGUAACAAAGAUGUUAUUAGUAUAUUACUAUCA